AUGGCCCUGGUGCCCUCAUCGCCGCGCGACAACUAUAUUCCGCUGCCAGACGACAAAUUUCCAUGGAAAGAGCCGCCAGCAGUAGUCACAACGCCCUGCGACCCAUGGCCGCCGCCAUACUACCUUGAAGAUGGCCUGCGGAAAGUGAAGCCAUACCACUACACAUACAACACAUACUGCAAGCAAAGAUGGAGGGGCAGAGAAAUCCUAGACAUAUUUUCGAGCGAGUUCCGUGACCGCCCUGCUGAAUACUACGAGAAGGCCAUUGUAGAAGGGCGCGUAGUGGUGAAUGGCCAGCCCGUGCCCAGCACUAAGACGACCAUAAAGAAUGGCGACAUCAUCUCGCAUACGCUACACCGACACGAGCCUCCGUGUACUGCGACGCCAAUCGGCAUAGUGCAUGAGGAUGACAACCUCAUCGUCAUCAACAAGCCUGCAGGAAUGCCAGUCCACCCUGCUGGGCGCUACAACUUCAACUCCAUCAUCGAGAUACUGAGAGCAGAUCGAGGCUAUGGCUGGAAUCCGCUGCCCUGUAAUCGGCUGGACCGGCUGACCAGUGGCAUCAUGUUCAUUGGAAAGCACAGACAGGCUGCAGAAGACAUGAGUGCUCAGAUCCGGACGAGGACAGUCAAGAAGGAAUACAUCACACGCGUUGCUGGCGAGUUCCCGGAAGGAGAGGUGGUCUGCGAGAAGCCUAUCCUGCAAAUCAGCCCAAAGCUGGGCCUCAACCGUGUGCGCGCAAAUGGCAAAGAAGCCUUGACAGUCUUCAAGCGCCUUGCGUAUUAUCCGCCGAAAGACGAUGGCAAACCAGGUGAGGAGCAGGAUGUCGAAGAAGGUCCAGAUGGCCAGCCUUGGAAGAAGCUGCGUGGCUACUCCAUCGUUCGCUGCUUCCCAGUAACAGGCCGCACCCAUCAACUGCGCGUCCACCUCCAGUUUCUUGGUCAUCCAAUAUCAAACGAUCCCAUCUAUGCGAACCAGCGCGUCUUCGGCCCGUCGCUUGGCCGCGGCCAUUCCGAAACCGAGAACGACGAAGACAUAAUGACGCGGCUUGCGCGUAUGGGUAAGGAGGAUAUCGCUGAUGCUGUUGCAUAUCACGAUGAGAUGGUGGAGGCAUACAAUAAGAGGAAGGCAGAGCGAAUGACUGGUGAGACAUGCGACAUCUGCGAUACACCCCUAUACAGCGACCCUGGCACGCACGAGUUAGGCAUUUACCUACAUGCACGCAGAUAUAGGUGUGAGGAGGGUAAGUGGGAUUAUGAGACCGGUUUGCCUGAUUGGGCGCUGCCGCCGCCAGGUCAUCAAGGACCAACUGAGAGCACGGAAGAGAGCGAUCCUUUGGCCAUUGAUCUGAAGAAGCUUGGGAUCGAUGAUGAAGCUGGCUCGGGUGAGGCAGAAAAGGCAGACAAGGUCGUCUCAAAAUCAUGA